UUUGGCGGCACUUAAGGGUCGGCAGACCUAUAUAUUCGGAUUCAACGCGAAAAAUGCUAUAAGUAGGCUAUAGGCACCAAUUUGAGCCACCAUUUUCCUCGGCCGAAAGUUCAGAAAAAUUGUGAAUUUUCGAACUUUCACUGAGCUUUAAAGCAACAGCUGCGGAUCUGCAGACCAAGUGUUUUCAAAAUGGAGGUAUGUAUACUAACUUCUGAGACCAGCUCCAGCUUUCAGUUAUUUUAUUUCGGUGCAAUCACAGUAGGUACCUAGUACAGCUCUUGGACUAUGUAAUAAUGUGUGUGAAUUUUCCAGUUUGACGAUAAUUUUUUAAAAAUCAUUUUCUUUUUUGCCGAGUAGUGGAUUUUUAGUGAAGGGUGAAACGUAGGCCAGUCGUCAUGGACCACAAAAACGCGGCCAAUCAAAUAAAUUUACUUGUCACUGCUAGGAGUGAGAAUACAUUAGUCUACAUAUAUUAAACUGGCUGCUGUACUAUUUCAUGUUUUUUAAAUUACACGAAUUCUGGCAGAUCAUGGGACGGGGGGAAAGCAUCGCAUCUGUUGAAAAUUUUUUUAUUGCGACGAAAAAAUUCGCGCUUGCAAAUUUAUUCAGGCAUCUUGUCGCGUCUGUGGAUGCAUCGUCCUUGAUGUGCAAAUUUAUUCAUUAAAUCGCCGACGAAAAACGUCACAAAUUUAUUCAGGCAGCUUGGCACGAUGCAUGCGAUGUCCCGACUCUGUACAGGAGUGACAAAGACAGCUGCCAAAUUUUUACGCUCACUUUUAAAUUUAAUUACGAGCGGGGUGAGGGGGAAAUCACUUAUUCCAUGAUCAUGGGUGCAGGGAAAGGGGGCAUAUAAGUCAUUGAAAAAACACGCUAUUGCAUUUUUGUCACAAUCGAGUUAGGUUGAUUUUUUAAAAUGGUAGGUAGUGUUAACGAGUGUUUUAAAUUAAUCAUUUGUCGUGAUUUUUUGAUUUUUUUAAAUGUAAAUAAAUAAGUCAAUGGGUUUUGUAAGUUUCACUGUGUCCGUUUUUCUAGUUCUUUUGCAAGUGCAAAUAAUUAUCGCAUCAAGUUCUUCAUUCCAUUCCAAUCCAAAUCGUACUUUUCAAAUUGAUUACGACAAAGAUGUAUUCUUAAAAGAUGGCAAACCUUUCCAAUAUGUUUCCGGGUCCUUACAUUAUUUUCGGGUACCAAAUGUUUAUUGGCAGGAUAGACUGAGGAAGUACAGAGCCGCAGGAUUAAAUGCUGUUGCAACUUAUGUCGAAUGGAGUUCUCACGAGCCUUCUCCGGGCAAAUAUCAAUUCGAUGGAGAUAAUGAUUUGGAACAUUUUCUGGAUUUAGCUGUGAAAGAAGAUUUACUCGUUAUCUUACGUCCUGGUCCUUACAUUUGCGCAGAAAGAGAUUUUGGAGGACUUCCUCCAUGGCUGUUGCAUUUAUAUCCUUCAAUCGAGCUUCGAACUGAUGACAGUGAUUUCAAAAAGGAAGUCAAGAGAUGGUUUGAUGUAUUAAUGACGAGAAUGAAAAAAUACUUGUACGGUAAUGGAGGCCCUAUAAUCAUGGUGCAGGUUGAAAAUGAAUACGGAAAACACUACGCUUGCAAUACAAAUUACAAAAUUUGGCUGAAAGAAUUACUAUCGUCAUAUGUCAACGACAAUGCCAUUCUGUUCACCUUUGAUGAAGCUUCUCCUUAUUUGAAAUGUGGAGCUAUUCCUGAUGUGUAUGCAACUGUGAAUUUCGGCACAAGAGGAAGUGCAGCUUGGUAUUUUGCAAAUAUGAGAGAGUUUACACCUAAAGGACCUCUGGUCAAUUCGGAAUUUUACCCAGGUUGGCUCACUCAUUGGGAAGAACCUUUACAAAGAGUAUCUACAGAAGCGAUACUGCGAAAAAUGGAUGAUAUGUUAGCUUUAAGAGCUUCUUUCAAUUUCUAUAUGUUCUUCGGUGGUACGAAUUUUGGAUUCAUGAAUGGAGCAAAUAUUGACGAGGGUCGAUACGAUCCACAAAUCACCUCUUACGACUUCGAUGCUCCAUUAAAUGAAGCAGGUGACCCAACCGAUAAAUAUUUCGCCAUAAGACAGCUGCUUUCAAAGCAUUUUGAAAUACCUAAAAUUGCAAUACCUAAACCCACUCCGAAAGGAAAUUAUGGAGCAGUUACCUUACGACCUGUAUUGUCAGUCUUCAACAGCUCGCAUAUUCCAGAUAAAGUGCUCCAGAAGUCUGACAGACCAUACACUUUUGAGCGAUUGCAAGUAUAUUACGGGUAUGUACUUUACGAAGCUGAGCUUCCAAACGAUUUGAAUGGUUCGGCUCAUUUGUACGUGCAUGAUUUAAGAGAUAGAGCUCAUGUUUUUGUUGACCAAAUCUUUUGCGGUAUACUCUCUCGCACGAAACAAGAGAAGGGUGUUCAAUUGAAAGCCAGAUCGAAGGCAAAAUUGCAGUUAUUGGUGGAAAAUCAAGGUCGUGUAAAUUUUGGUUCUUAUUUGAAAGAUUUCAAGGGGAUCAUCUCUGAUCCAAGAAUAAAUGGGCGACUUCUUACCCCAUGGACCAUGACAGGAUUACCAUUCUCCAGCGUCUCUUGGGUUGAAAAAUUAACCCCUUCGGAUGAUCGUAUUUCUCCUCCUGCGUACUAUUAUGGCGAAUUAAUUUUACCGAGUACAUCGCCUGAGCCAUUACACACUCAUGUUGAUUUAACUGGCUGGGGCAAAGGAGUGAUAUUCAUCAAUGGCCAUAACCUUGGAAGAUAUUGGCCUGACGCAGGACCUCAAGUUUCAUUAUUCGUUCCAGCCAGUUUCUUGAAACCUGCUCCAGAAAUCAAUAAAAUUGUUGUUUUCGAAACUGAAAAAGUUGCCGAAAAUUAUCAGAUAUACUUUACGAACACUAGUCAGAUCUCUUCGAUCGUUCGUGUUCAUGCUCUUUCAUUUUCAUUUUACUGCGGUAUUCUUAUCGUCUGUGUUAUUCUAGUGUUAUUAAUAAGUACGAGAAGGAUUUUUAUAGGAUUUUGCUCGAAAGUUUGUUGUUCUCGGAAGCAAGAUAUGGAGCAACAGGUUGCCCAGUAACCGGGCAUAUCAAAAAUUGAAAACUAGGUUCUCGAAUUAAAAACUAAAACGUGCUUUUGGAGGCAUUCUUACUGUGAUUUAAAAACACCCAAUUGUGCUCAUUGUUUUUUUUUUCAGUUGGUCUUGAUUUGAGAAAAUGUAUUCUCAAUGUUUUUUUUUUUUUAGAAAAAAGCAGGACCAUAAAUUUUACAAAUUAUUAAUUAUUGUCGAUUAACGUCACAUCAUGUAAUAAGCAUUUCCUUUUUACAGUAUUAAUUAUGCAUAAUUCAUCAUUACGUAGAAAAUAAAUUAAAACACGUUGAUGCAAUUUACGAGAAGAUUUGAAUUUUUUUUUUAAUGAAAUUUUAAUUUAAAAAAAAUUUGUGAAUCAGAAAUUUGACAGUCUGUUACUAACUAAGGUACAUACUUAUAAUCAAAUUUUCUAAUAUUUUCGUUUAUUAAUAAAAAUAAAGUACCUGCAUAAUAGAACGAUUUAUUAAAAACAGACAUUAAAACUAGAAAUAUAAAACCAUCUCUUAAUUUUGAAUUUCAGCUCUAGGAUACGAUCAACUAGGUACUGAAUUUACUCCAAGUUUUUCUUUUUAUUUAUUUAGGUAAUUUUAAGGAUUUUCAAUUUCUUUAUGAGUUUUUAAUUUGAUUUUUUUUUCAAAAGUGAUACUCACUUUUCUUGAUCUUAAAACCGAAAACCUCAAGUAAUUUUUUUGUAAUUUCAAACAGAAAAAAUCAAAAAUAUGCAAUUUGAAAUUCAGAACGGUUAGAGAUGGGCAAUUGGCAUGAUACCUACCCUUCACGAAUUCUUCACUAUGCACCUAAGUAAUUACUCAAUAUAUUUGUAGGUACCAAGGUACCCAUUAUAUAACUUGAGGUACCUACUCAAUUCCUUUUAGAAUUACCCGUAUAUACUUAUCACCGAGUUACCUACUAAAAAAAAUAAUUAAAUAAUUUUUCAAAGAA